AUGACUUCCAUCACCCCAGCGCGGCCAUCAUUAACCUCAAAUGAUUCAGCCGUCCUUCAAGCCCUCUUUGACGCUGAAUCCUCCCCCUCGUCAGGGAUCACCGUCGACUCUUCUCUUCCAAUUUGGCCUUCAUCACUAAACAUUUCCGAGCCAACCCUGGCUAUGCUCAAGGAGCGCGAAUCAGACAUAAUCCGCAAGGUGCAAGGAGAAGAAUCACCAAGCCAAGAAGAUGUCAAAUUUGCAUUAAAUAAAUUCGACGAUCUUAUUUUGCAGAACCAAACAUAUCCAUCCGCAUACAUAAACCGAGCCCAAACACUACGGCUGCUGGCCGACUUGAUUUACAACAAAGAAACCGGCGGCGGCGGAGACCCCAGUACUGAACUGAGAGAUGGUGCUUUGUUUUCUCCACAGACUUCUCAACUAUGCUCCCGCAUCUUUUCAGAUCUAGGUCAAGCCAUCAAACUCGCUACGCCCGCCUCUCCUGCCGAUCCUGUCUCAGGCGCACAAGCACGUCUUUUGGCUGAUGCACACACACAUCGAGGCUACCUCCUUUUGAAAGCAGCUCGAGUUAAGAAAAGUUAUCCUGAAGACAGUCAGACGGGGCCGGAACGCCUGCGCGACCUUACUUCUGAUCAACUGGAGGAAAUGGCGAGCCAGGAUUUCUUUUUCGGUGGUCGAUAUGGAAAUAAAGUUGCACAGCAGCUUGCUGUUCAGACAAAUCCCUAUGCAAAGAUGUGCGGUGCCAUUGUGAAGGAAGCCUUGAAGAAGGAGCUUGAGGGGUGA